CUCAGCGCUAUUUUACCGCCAAUUGGAAGCUACUCGUAACUCGACAUCAACGUUCCCAACUCAUACUUCAAGGUCGUUGAGGACAAUGAUAUGGAGUAGCACCAUUGGCACAUGUACAUUUUACACUGGUUACAUGCAAUGUCUUGUGAUCUUGUGAUGCUUAUUGUUUUUACGCCAUUAAGUUGCAGGCUGGCAUCAAGCCAGAUCAUCAACGCGGCAGCCACGUUGAAUUCUACUCACCUCCCACUGUAUUCUUGCCCACUUCAAACUAUCGUCUUCACUUUCAAACCAAAUCCAAGAUAUCUGUGUCGUAUUCACGGGUGCGUUUGCCAAAUUCACGCAUUGUCCCAUACCGCUCUUCUAAUUCUUUGGCAUGGUGUGCUUCAUCCUCCAAAAUAUCGUGGCACAUAUAUUUCUCUUGACUUAGUUUUGGUUUUUGAAUACGUACUACGGUACCCUCUAUGCAGAAUCAGAAUCACUCCACUGGUAGCUUCGUCUGGCUCUGCCAGAGUCGGUGACACGAGGGCUAACUCAGAGUAGGAUGCAAGCAGGUGGAGCCGCUGGGCGGGAAACCUGCUUACGAAUUCGACUGUGACCAAGUUCUACAAAAUCGUAGUAAAUUAAGGGGGGUGUACAAGGAACGAUAAGGAGGAUGUGUGUCUCGACGUCAACGGUAGGUCAAACGAGGGAAAAACUGCACUAACGCUCAGUUGUGCUGGGAAACUGUCACCCGGCACCUGAACAACGCCGAUGAUGGUACGCCGAUGACGU